UAAAUGACUUUCAGUUAUCAGCUAAGCGCGAAAUGCCGAUCAUUGUUCAAAGAUCAGCAGUAGUACCUACUUCUUUAUGCGCAUGACACUCCCAGAUGAUCAACAGCCACAGUCCACAAGUGAAAAAAAUUAGGUUACCGGUUUAUUGUUACAAAAAAUCAUAGAGAAAUGAAUAUUAAAUAUACAUACUUUUAAUUACUCUAUGCAAAAAAUGCAGCAAUAAACAAGCUGUAAUACAGAAGGAAUUCUCCAAUAACAUAAUAUUGAUUUCAAGGUUAGCUAAUUUAUGUUUUCAACUGAAAACAAAGCACAAAGUAUUGAAGUAAUUUAAUCAACUGAAGGAGUGAAGAAUUAAGAAAUUAAGGAAAAUUAGAAGGAAAGUGUGUGAAAGAAAAAAAUGGUUUUGACUGUAGCACAACUAAAUAAAAUUUUUCGAGCAGCAAAAAACUUUGAUCGUGUUCUUAACAAGGUCACUGUAACAUCUCUUGGAAAUGGAAAAUGUACAGCUGAAAUGAAAGUAGAGGAAGAACAUUCAAAUGCUCUAGGUGGAUUGCAUGGUGGGCUCUCUGCUACCUUAGUAGAUUGUAUUUCAACAUAUGCACUUGUUACUCAUAAAUAUGGAGCAGUUCCAAAUGUAUCCGUUCAUAUUAACACUGAGUAUCUAAAAGGAGCCAAGAUAGGUGAUGAAAUCGAAAUAUCUGCAGAUACGCUCAAAGUUGGAAAAACCCUAGCUUUUUUAGAGGUAUUAAUAAAGGAAAAAAAAACAGGUGCUUUAUUAGUUAAAGGGUCUCAUACAAAGUUUUUGAUUUCCCCCAGGGAAAAGUAAAUUUUAUGUUGUUAGGGAUCAAAAUAAAAUUUAUUUUCCUCAUUAGUCAUAUUAUAGUUACCAAAAAUGCUAUUUAUAAUUUUAAAAAGAUAUAUGUUAUGUUAAAUAUACAUCAUAUUCUUUAUUA